AUGUCUUUUUUUGAAGAUAGCGCAGACGAACCCCCAAGAAAAAGAAGCCAUGCUGAGCGGCAGUCAUCUGUGCAAGGGCAAAGUAGCGGUCGAAGCUCUCAGAACCGGGUUCGGGGUUGUGAGACGGAGAGCGAUGAUGAGGAUGCGGCACCAGUGUUUUCUCGCGAUGCAAGCGGACGUGUUGGUUUGCGAUUACUGCAGCAAAUGCAAAAGUCUACUCCACAGGUGGGGAGUUCCCCUUCAGUCUCAACUGGUGUAUCAAAUACUGGAAAAUUACUUGUGGUAGAGGAUUACGUACCGCUAUCUGUUGGUGGUUUCAUGGAAACCUCGACCGAGUCUGCAGCGAACAGCCUUGACAACAUUAAACCAGGCGAUAUUAUGUGUCUGCGGUGCCCUUCUGAUUUUCGGGCUGAACCAAAUGGUAAUGUGAAACGUUCUAAAGUCUCGAGUAGCACAUCGUGUGGCACAACGGCGGGUAUUAACUUUGUCAAGGAAACAGAACUAACAGCGGAGGAAAGGCAGUAUGGGCGCCGCUUGACAUGUGAAAUGAUGAAUGAAAUGUUUGAAGUAAGCCGCCUUGAUCGUGCCACAAACUCUCUGGAAGCCGUUUUCCUUGACGGGACACGAAAGAAACUUAAAACUUAUGCAGUUCGUCCUGCGGGUUUUGUUGAAUCUGACCUAUACAAACGAUGGAAGGCUGAUGAAAGUUCGCGGCCCGUACGGGUCGUAUACGCGGCGCAGAAGCUUCAGGUUACCGAGUCCUCUGGAGCCAAUUCUGGAAGCAGCAGGGAUGUUGAUGGCAAAACCGCCGCAAGUGCGGUGCAAUCCGCGGUGUGGUGGGUUGUGCCCCAACUUAUCGUGCGUCUUGUGGAAGAGAGUGCCGGAGACCUUUUUGGAAAGAAGUUUGUUGUGAAGUCUAUAGCGCGGAAGGAUGGAAAGAUACGUCUUGAACCGCUCCGUGUUCCGGAUGUUACCGUUUACAAAGAUACCAGAGACCAUGCUUUGCCCAACAGAGGGACGGAACACUCGGCUGUGGAUGUCUUCGGUUGUGCAGCACUCGAAACUGUGAUACCUCGUUUAGGAGAACAGGGGCUUAUUGUUCAGGGCCCUAUGCGUGGCGAACUCGUGGUCGUUACAUCACGUGUGCGGAGUCCAAAUGGGGGUCUUGAGGAAGUUAAGGUGCGCUCAACAUUGACGGAGGAGGAAUUCUCUGUUGAACCGCAUAUGUUGUGCAUGAUGGUUACUCAGCGGUAG